GGGCGGCCGAGGCACCAAAAUAGGAGCUGUCGCUGCGGCCCCGCUGGUCUCUCCGGCAGCGGCUCUUCCAAAGACGGUCAAGGGCCGCCGCGGGCUGGGAGCCCCCGUAAGCGCCGUGCCGGGCGGGUCCGCAGCCGGAGGGCGGCCGGGCGGCGCGGACAAAGCGGCGGCAGCUGCGGGGCGCGGCGAUGGCUGCGGCCGGGCAGGAGGAGUACGCUUAUCUCUACAAGGACUCCGCGCACCCCGGCGGCUUCUUGGAGGCGUUCCGGGCGUUUUACCUGGACGGGCUGUUCACCGACAUCACCCUGCAGUGCGCUUCGGGGGUCAUCUUCCACUGCCACAGAGCUGCCCUGGCAGCCUGCAGCAGUUAUUUUAAAGCCAUGUUCACAGCCGAUAUGAAAGAAAAAUCCAAAAACCAGAUCAGCCUUCCCGGGCUCAGCCAUGCAGUACUGGAAGCUCUCGUGAAUUACGUAUACACAUCACAGAUCCAGAUAACAAAGAGAAAUGUCCAAAGCCUACUCCAGGCUGCAGACCUGCUCCAGUUCGUAUCAGUAAAGAAAGCCUGUGAGCAGUUUCUGGUAAGGCACUUAGAUACUGACAACUGCAUUGGGAUGCACUCCUUUGCUGAGUAUCAUGAUUGCCCGGAGCUAGAGAAAGAGUCCAGAAGGAUAUUGUUAUGGCAGUUUGAAGAAGUGUGGAAGCAGGAGGAGUUUCUGGACAUUGGCAAAGACAAGCUCUCUUAUAUUCUGUCCAGGGAGAAUCUCAACGUUCAGAAAGAAGAGGUAGCCAUUGCAGCUGUCAUUAAGUGGGUUGCACACAACGUGGAAGGAAGAGUUGAAGACAUCUGUGAAGUGCUGAGCUGCAUCAAAGUAGACUUAGAUAAUGUGUAUUUGAGGUCAGCUUUAAGCCUGCAAAAAAAAUGCCGACUCAAUGACAGUAAGAUAAGGUCACUCAUAUAUAAUGCCCUGAACCUCAAUCCCAAAGGUCUUUCCAGAAGAUCCACCGCAGCCAUGUAUGUAAUUGGAGGAUAUUAUUGGCACCCCUUAUCAGAAGUGCAUGUUUGGGAUCCUCUAACCAAUGCAUGGGUCCAGGGAACGGGGAUGCCAGAUCACACCAGAGAGAGCUAUGGGGUCACUAGUUUGGGACCAGACAUAUAUGUGACAGGAGGUUACAGAACAGAGAGUAUUGAAGCUCUUGACACCGUGUGGAUAUAUAACAGCGAGAGAGAUGAGUGGACAGAAGGCUGCCCCAUGCUCGACGCAAGGUAUUACCACUGCGCAGUUUCCUUGAGUGGCUGCAUUUAUGCAUUGGGAGGUUACCGAAAGGGAGCUCCAGUCCAAGAAGCUGAGUUUUAUGAUCCUUUAAUACAGAAAUGGCUUCCCAUUGCAAACAUGAUCAAAGGAGUUGGAAAUGCCACUGCCUGUGUCCUGCAUGAAGUCAUCUACGUCGCUGGAGGUCACUAUGGGUACAGGGGAAGCUGCACCUACGAUAAAAUCCAGAGAUACCAUUCAGGGAGCAAUGAGUGGAGUAUAGUCACCACAAGUCCACAUCCAGAAUACGGAUUGUGUUCAAUUACACUACAAAACAAGAUCUAUUUUGUGGGUGGACAGACCACGAUCACGGACUGCUAUGACCCAGAGCAAAAUGAGUGGAAGCAGAUGGCUCACAUGAUGGAGAGAAGGAUGGAGUGUGGCACGGUGGUAAUGAACGGAUGCAUCUAUGUAACAGGAGGAUAUUCCUAUUCAAAAGGAACAUACCUGCAGAGCAUUGAGAAAUACGACCCUGAACUGAACAAAUGGGAAGCAGUAGGUAAUCUUCCCAGUGCUAUGCGGUCACAUGGCUGUGUCUGUGUGUAUAAUGUGUAAGCAUUUAAUUUUCAUCUUACUGUUACAGAAAACAGCAGAUGCAGUAUUCAUAACGCUACUGAUUACCUCAUGAGGGGUUGUCUAAUACAAUCUCUUAGUGCACGUUGUCAAUAACUAGAUAUAAUUUGUUCUCAUUUUAAACAACUUAGAAACAUAAAUGUGCUAACCAGGUUUCCAUACAUUUUUCAGUCCAAUCGUUCUUUGUCAUGGAAGGUCUCAAAUUACUCUUAGAAUACUCCACACAGCAACAUAGGAACUACUGUGAAAAAAUUAUUUGUUUUUGUUAAUCACUGGAUGAAACUAUGACUUGGUGCUGAGUAAAGCCAAACAAAAUACCGUUCUAAGGACUACUAAGCCUUAAAGAUGAAAUCUUUGUAUUCUGAAGGUAGCUGUAGAAAUGAAUCAGUGACACAAAAUACAUGUAUGGUAUGUACAGAGCAAUAUCACUUGGAUAACUAGGUUAUCAGAUUCAGAAAUAGGCAUUUCCAGCUCUACCUUCAAGUGCCAGAGCAAGGAAGAGCUUAGGCUAGGAAUGAGGGAAGAAAUGUUGGUAGUAGCCCCAGAGCACAGGCCAAAAGCAUGCACUAGUUUUCCAGAAGAAGGAAUAAAAGGGCAUUACUCUUUGCCUUUCUCACACUCUCUUCAACAUUGCCAAUGAGAAAUGAAAAAACACUGCAAGGCUUUGCAAUGGGAUCUUUAGCUGAUGCACAGGUUAUUUGUAAUUUGGAUGUUCAGAGAAAAGCCUUAAUGUGUUAACUCUUUUUUAAUAUCAAUUCAAGAUGUGUGCCUGUGUGGAAUGGAAGGAGGAAAUGAGAGAGACUGGAAAAUUAACAUCCACCUGAGAUUCAUUCUCUAGUUUAUUUAAUACCAUUUGGUCUUUUCUAAACUGUGAUUUGAGCAAAGUUAACAACUAAAGAAACUAGUCAUAGUAUGUUAUGCAAAAGAAAAAAAAUCUAUAGGAUUGAUUUAUUUAUUAUUUCUCUCAAACUUUAAUAUGAGAUCUUCAGAUUCUGUGUAGAAAGUGGAUUUUUGUAAAGUGAUUUACAGACAAACAGAUCACACUGUGACUGGCCUGAGAGCGGUGAUCUAAAUGAAGAAAUGCUUUGGGGAACAGAGAGUUCGUUUAACACUGAUCCCCACUUUAUAGAAUGACUGCAGAAACAGCUGUUAGAUAUUGGUGUGAGAAGCAGAGACAACACAGGGCUGCCAUAGGGUGUGGUGGGAACUUCCCACACCAGCACUGCCACCUAAAAUAAAAUUUAGGUUAUUAGGUUUUAUUGGAUUUCUCAGAUACAAAGAAAGGACUUUUCCAAGCAGUAAGCUCUGAGUUUAUAGUAUUUUCAGGGGUUUUUUAUUCUUUCACAUUUUUAUGCUAUUUCUGACUUGGAUUUGACUGCUGGUAGCAGGUGGCACUCAGAUGUGGCUUUGAUGUGAAGUUCUGUGGUGUAUAUGUACAGUUCUUUUUAUGUAUUUUCGUAUGUUGCCUCACUAUGUUAGAAUCUGUGUGUGUUCAGUAUUUUGCUUUGUUACCCAUCUCUAAGAUUUAUUUAAGAAUCUGAUGCAAUUUGUUUAAAGACUCCAGACUCUACAGAAGUGUGGAGAAUUGAACUCUGAGGCCGUUUGAAAUGUGUGGGCCAAGCAGGUGGGCAAAAGAGAUAAAGUGAAUUUGUUUCUCCUGGAAAUCUCCACAGCUGAGAAUUGCUUAAGGGUAGGUGGAGAUUUAAAGGACAACAUCACAAGAACAUGAAGGUGAUCUUUGUAUUGAAUGAAACCACAAUGAACUCAAUGUGUUUAUGUAAUUUUUCAGUGCAAAUUAUGUACCCAUGAAACUUCAUGUUUGUUGAAAAACACAAGCAUAGAACAGCUGCUUGUGGUUGGCCUUGAGGUUCAUUCUGGCCUGUAUCCUGUCACCAACAGUCAUAAGUUGGUGAAAGGAUCUAUGAACAAGGUGAAGACUAACAAAACCACACUCAGCAUCCACUUGUCAACUGCUUGCAAACUAGGUGCUUGAUGCUGGCAAAAGACAGUGCUGUUCCAGGGCUGGAGCACAGGCACUGGAAGCUGGACCCUGCUUUGUGCCCCUGGGCAACUUGCAGGCAAGCAAAUGCUGCUUUUUGGCCUCAGUGUUAAGUGCAAAGUGGGAAAAAGCCUUUAAUUCUCCCAUCAGGACAGUCUGGCAUAAACAAAAGUCAAAGAAAUUACUGCUUAGGACUUCAGUUAAAUCCUGAUUUCUCAGAGAUUUUCAAUGCAUUAGAAUAAACAGAGAGAAGAAUAAGUUCAGACUCAUGGUUAAAUUUCAACUGGUGCUAUUUUUCACAACUACCUACAGUACCCUUUUAAAAUUGGCUCGUGUAGCACAUCCCAAGAAGGUGUGUUGCAAUCGGGUCUUGGGCACAGGCAGGAAAAUAAACCCAGAAGAGGCAUAGGAUUCUGAUCUGUGAUCAGCAGCCUACUAGAGGUGGGAAGCUCAGAGCAGGGAAUCUCUUAGCCAUCUGUGUAACGUAUUUUUAAAAACAGUUGAAUGUAAACACUGAAUUAUUGUGCUAAUGGACCUGUAUUAUGGUAGACACUGCUUUACUGUUUCACUGGUAAACGAGAAAAUUAAGUUAUGUGGAAGUCAAAUCAAUUGGGAAGCCAAUACUCUUUCUUAAAAUGUUCAGUUGUGCGAGUCCCGUGUUUGUAACGCUAUAGAUGCCCAAAUACAUCUGUAGUGUUUAAGUGAAUGUUUGCAAUACUUAAUAAAUGUAAAUAUACCACCACCGUACAAAUCCAAGUUGUUCAGUGAC